AUGGCAGCGUCAGGCCAAGCUCUGGAGUUGCGCUUCGUUGACGAAAUCAACAACGCUGGAGUACUCUCUAGUCCAUUCCAAGAACCCUCGUCGAAGUACUUGACGGAACUAUGUGAAGCAAUUGCUGACUGUGCCACAAAGGCUCCUGUGCCUGAAGUUGAGCUGCUCUCUCUUUGGUCGGUUAUUCACAGCUCCAUCAGCGAUGUGAUCUCUGAAGCUGGAGCGGUAGCAGCUCAAGUUGAAGAACUGCACGAAGCACUGCAACACCUCUCUGAGACAGGGACCCCAAUUGCAGAGCAUCUCGUGGGAACACUUCGCCAACACAUGGUGGACUUUCGUGCUGUCUUGUCUGAACAAGACUGGGUGGAACUUCAAUCUCGCUCUUCACAGUCAAUUUCUUCGGAAUGGAAAGCUAUACGCGAUGGUGAGGUAUUUGAUUCGCCGUAUGCGAAGAUGAUUGCAGCCCACGGAUUUGCGGGGAUGGAUGGAGCUCUAAGUCAAAGUCGCGAUGCUGUCGAUGCAGCGUUGGAUGCGGUUCGAGAAGGUGGGACAGCUGCGCUUAGUGCCUUCGCAGCAUGUCUAGCACGUUCGGGACUUCCUCCGUUGCUUCGCGUUGAGAUAGCACGAGAUUUCUUUCAAACAGUGGGGCUUUUUUUCAAUGCAUUGUACAAGUCGGUACUCGAAUUUUUUGAAGAGCACAAAAUCGCGAGCGGAUUGAACAAUUUCCUCAAGGUUUUACGCGGCGCGUACGAUGUGAUGGCCGUGAAUGUCCUCGCGCUCAUUGAGAAAACGUCACAAAAUCGAGCAUUGAUGGCUGACUUCGCAGUCGGCGCUUUACUUGCAGCUAUUGGUGUUGUGUACGUGAGUUUUCUAUGGUUCGUAUUCUCUGGAAGACAUUUGCAUCGCCGAGCAGAUGAAGUGCGUCAAGGCCACGAAGCUAUAACGUGGGCUGCGUUAGCUAAAAAGCAGAAGAUGCGCGUCAAACUAUUCACUUACGUGAUCACCGCUUGUCUCACGGUCUACUUGCCAUUAACGCGACUCUGUCUUGACGUGAUAGCUGCAGCUAUCAGUAGCUUGACUGCUACCGACAGCGAAACUACAAGUGCUUCAGAUUUAAUUCUCUCGCGGUUUAAAGACGAUAAAGCGUGGCCAGUGAUCGUCGUGGCAGCUAUUGUUCUCCUCUUGACGUUCACCAUUCCACUGCCUUGGCUUCUUGUCCGUGCGAUCGAAGAGAAUCGACCAACUGGAUCUUUGGAAAACCCACUGGUGACGCACGAUUUGGACGGGGAAAUCGUCCCUUUUGACGACGAAGUGUACGCACGGCUAGUGGCUCGAGAUCCGAGCCAACUGCGAUGUCCGUAUCGGUCGCUGUACGCCGGGUUCGAGCAGAAAUGGCGGUACUAUAAAGUGUUGCAACUUUUAGUAAAACUCGCUCUUGUGCUGGUAAUUGUAUUGGCAGCUACCGCGAAUGGUAAAAUACGCGGUAUUUUACCAUGUGUAAUUUACGCUACCGUCGUCGCCAUUUCGAGUUACGGUACACCGUUUAGCGACCCCCUCAACAACAUUAUGGAGAUUAGUGGCAAGGUCACCGCUCUGAUUACAUGCGUGGGUGGAGCUCUCGCUGCGUUUAUCGACAUGAAGCAAGCAAAGUCGAAACCUCUUGAACUCGUUGCUGUGAUCGUCAGUAUCGUCCAUAUUGUGAACCUUUUCGUCAUGUUGGCAGUGCUUUUACUAGGAAUGAAAGGGGCUCGCCUUUUCUUGAAGAAUCUUCUUGGAUGGAUAACGUUCAGUGAUACUUCUCGUGGUCUUGAAGACGCUCCAGCGAAGAACGUAUUACCCCGUUGGGACGUUGAUAAAGAGGUUAAACAUCGCGUAUGGCAGGCAUUCUGGCGGUCCAUCCUACUGGAAUUGACUCAAAAUAUCAGUAAGCAUACGGGAAAUGGCAGUGAACUGACUGUGGCUCAUAGAUUGGAGGAACUGGAACAAGCAGUUGUCGCGUCAGGAGUACAUCGAGUGCGAUCACACUGGCGUGGAGAGGAACGCCCGUAUACUUCUAAGCUUCGACAGGCAACACAGACAGCCUUGGAGGGCAUCGACGUCUACUGGGAUGAGGCUAGUGGAGCUCGCGAUGGUCACCUUGAUUCCAAGUCAUUUUUCGGGAAAAUGUACGUAAUUCCGUACCCAUUCUACUGUGUUAUGGUGUACGAUGACUCCAAGGAUGAAGCCAUAAUUCGCGAUGACGCUGAGACUUCAGAACAGUCGAAGUUAGCCAAGCUUCUAUUCCUCAACUUCUCUCCAAAAAUUAUAGGUAAACGUGAUUUGAGACAGAAACUUCGUGUACUCAGCACGCAAGCCACAAGUAUUGACUUUCCAUUUUCAAGACAAGAACAAGCGACAGUGGAAGACGGUACUGUUACCAAGACCGAUUCGGAGGGAAAUACACGAACGGAAACUCGCUAUUCGACUGUGUCUUUCACGUGUUACUACACGUACGGUAUUGUCCACGUGGCUACUAAAGGUGAUGCCAGUAAGAGGAUAAUGGCAGAAGGAUUUGACGUAAAUAUGACCUAUCGAGACGGCCACGGAGACGCCGUGGCGCCACAUACUCGCAAAGUUCAUCACCUCCAGAACCGAGUUGCAGUAAUGGGAGCUGAUCAUAUUGGUCUUACAGCUGCUAUGGAGGAAAGUGAACAGCUGGGUAUCAUUUUUAUGCAAACCAAGGAUGUGUGGGGUCCUGGGCUGAAAAUGUUACGAGAACAACAUCAGGAAUACAGACGAGGGCUCGAACAUAAACACGCAGAGGCAAAUUCGACGCUGAGUGAUGCGUUCUGGUAUUUUGUGUACAAUAAUCCCAAGGUUUCUCGUCAAGAUCUCGAAUUUCACUUAAAGCACCGUGAAGGUAACUCUCGUCUUCAGUCUUUGACUGAGACGCACCAAAGCGCGCUGGAUUCGCUUUAUCUACGGCUGAAAUUCGUUUAUUCGCAUCCUGCGGUGACAUUUUGGUCUGUGUUUUGGGACGAUGUGUACGCCCGCAAUGGCGAAAUGAAGCGAAUCCGGAAGUUCAAGUCGGAUUUCGAUCCACAGCAACCAACAUCGAUUUGCUAUAACGUCAUGCGACGUCCUGACCUCGAGUCCUGGUUAUGCAAGCGAAAGUUGGUAGGAAAGCGACGACUGUUUUACGCGCCUUUGCUCAAUCUUCUUUACACUGAAAUGGACAAACGAUUGGCUUAG